UGAAAAUGGCGUCGGGCUCGGAGCUGCCAGAAUAUUCCGCUCAUCAAGUGAAACGUAGAAAAAUUGAGAGUGAAGUUUAUGGUGUCUCGGUGAAUUUUGAUAUCGAUUUUCCAGAGGUCAAAGUCAAUCGUGAUACCCAAAAUAUCGAUAUUGAAGAGCCUCUCGGUGGUGACAGCGGCUUCACAGACAUGAGCGACGGUGCGAAGUCGGUUUCGACUACCCCGGAUUCAGCUCAUAUGUCGUCGACACCAUCAAGAACCGACUCGACGAGCGAUGAUACCGGAUGUCCCCUGGACACCGCCGACGAGAAGGAUGAAGUGUCCUCGACAGUCUCCAAUCUAUCCGACUUGUCUGGUUUGUCUGAACUGUCCGAGGAGACAGGACAAUUGUGGAGGAGUGCAUCUGCCUGGGUCCAGAAGCAGAUGCAGACUGGUACAGAUCCACGUGAUUUACUUCAACAGUUACUGAUGGAUCCAACGCAAAUUCCAGAACAAGUGGAUGAUAUAACGUUGUGGAAGCUCGUCCUGAAUAUAAUGUCAGAUCCACCGAGACGAGAAAAGCUGAGCUAUGUCAACACACUCAACGACGUGGUUAGAUUAAUAAAGAAUAGUAAGAAAAUUAUUGUACUGACUGGAGCUGGGGUUAGUGUUAGCUGUGGAAUUCCAGACUUCAGGAGUAGAGACGGAAUAUAUUCGAGGCUUGCACAGGACUUUCCGAAUUUACCAGAUCCUCAGGCAAUGUUCGAUAUAAACUUCUUCGCUCAGGAUCCCCGUCCCUUCUUCAAGUUCGCUCGUGAGAUCUAUCCGGGUCUGUUCAAGCCCUCUCCCUGUCAUCGUUUCAUAAAAAUGCUCGAAAAGCACAAAAAACUUCUGCGCAAUUACUCCCAGAAUAUCGACACCCUGGAACAAGUGGCAGGAAUUGAGAAUGUGAUAGAAUGUCACGGAUCCUUCGCCACUGCCUCCUGCACCAAAUGUAAAUUCCAGGUGACAGCGGAGGACAUUCGCACUGACAUAUUUACCCAGAGGAUUCCCCUGUGCCAAAAAUGCAGUACCAAUUCCUUGCCGUCACUGGCCACCACUAAUACCUGUCACAACUACACAGACCUGGUGUCACAAGGAAUUAUGAAACCAGACAUUGUUUUCUUUGGGGAGGGUCUUCCCGAUGCCUUCCACGAUUCCAUCGCCAAGGACAAGGACGACUGCGAUCUUUUGAUUGUUAUUGGUUCCUCCCUAAAGGUCAGACCUGUCGCCCUCAUUCCUUCAUCAAUUCCCUCUCACGUUCCCCAAAUUCUCAUUAAUCGAGAGUCCCUACCACACCUUAAAUUCGAUGUCGAACUCCUGGGUGAUGGUGAUAUAAUCAUCAAUCAGCUGUGUCACCUCAUGGGAGAGGAAUUUCUGGAGUUGUGUUGGAGUGAGAAGAUCCUCGAGGAAAGCCCCCAUCUGUUGCCACCCAGGUUCGAAGAUCCCUGGGAGAGGAGCAAUAAUUCGACUCAGGACAGCACUGAGAUCAUUCUCAAACAGCACAAUGUCUCCAACGAGAGCCAGGACAGCUUGAGCAUCAACUCAACUACACCGAAACACGUGGGGACCAGUGAAAUAUGCAUUUCUCCUUUUGACGCCGGACACAUGGAGGGAAACGAAGGUUUCUCACUGCUGGAGAGUCCCAAGAGGCCAUUGGACGACUCAAGCGUCGAGAGCAGCCCCAAGAGGCUGAACAGAUCUUCAGGAUCCACCAGGUCUAGCGAUGAGGGGGAGAGAUUCAGGUUCACGAGAAUUGUCUCGGUUGAAUCAACGUCUGAAAAUAAUGGACAGGUUUUCAAUCUUGAGGAGUGCCAUGUGAUACCCAGGAUGAUGGAGCAGGAGGUGAGGAUUGAGGGGAGAAUUGAGGGGAGGAUUGAAGAGAGGGAGGUGGAGGAUAAGUAUGGAAAGUCCAGACAUGCCUCUAUCGAUUCAGCAAUCGAUUCGGGAAUAGGAGACAGUUGUAAUAGUGUCGAUAGCUCGGAGGCUAAGGAGAUCGAUGAGAAAAGGCAAGAGAUUGAGAGGCGGUGGGGGGAGAUGAAAGAGAGUUUGGCGGGGAGAUUACCCGAGGGGAGCUAUUAUCAAGUUUCAUCUGGAAGGUACAUCUUCCCUGGAGCUGAAGUUUACCUGGAGAGCGAGGACUUUGCGGAUAUGGAGGCCAGGGGGAGUGAGAUCUCCACUGUAACGUAUGCAGAGGAUGAGCGCAGAGCGACGUAAGGGUAACAAUAAAAAAAAUGUAACAUGAGGUUACGAAAACGUGCAAUUCAGUCUGUACAUAAUCUCCGGAAGAGCAUUAAGCAGAGGAAAUCCUCCGGUCAUGGAUAAUCGAGAGUUCGGGGAGAUGCUUUGGAAACGAUGAGAAAGAAUAGUUGAUGUCUAUUGUCGUCGGGAAGGUGGAUUAUUCAUUUCGAUGUACGGGGUAACGUGUAAUAUUGGUUCUCCACAUCUUAGUGCCGAGGUAUUGAGCAAUCGAAUGAUAAAAUCGUUGCGAAGUGAAAUAGAAUUACCGAAUUUUUAUGCAUUCUGCGUAAUUAUUUUAAUUUCUCCAUUUCACUUUAUUGAAUCGAGGACAAGAGGUGGCUUAUGUCAUCGCUCACAUUAUUUAUCUACUAUUGUACAUACUGUCUUUUGUAAACGAUUUUUAUUUGUUGGGUUGAAAAAGUGAGGGAAAAUUAUGUCGAUUUAUUGUUAAGGGAGCGUAUACAGGUAGUGGAACAUGUAAAUAGGGAGUGAAGUUUUCGUUGCAUUUUUAGGCAUGGGAAGGACAUUGUGAUUAAACUUCUCUGACGUUUACUAACUUUGGAAUUGUUUAAACAAAUGUAUGGGGGAGAUGUGAAAUGGGGAGGCUAGUUUUGUUAAAAGUGGCAUUAUCUUGCUAAUCCGUGAAUUUAAGAGAAAUUGUCAUAAAAUAUUUUUUACAGGGAAUUUAAUUUUCUACGAAAAAUAUGUGUGAUAUUUUCUCGUAUAAUUAUUCGUUUUGGAGAUAAAUGCGAAAUAGUAAAAUAGAGAAUUUUACUCCUUUGGUUUCAAAGUUUCUUCGAUAAAUUUGUGGAAAAUUGAGUAGAGCAUAAAUUAUUAGAAUUGAAUUGAAUAAUAUUUAUAUUUUGUGAUUAAUUGGGAUUAAUUGAUCAAUUCAUUGCCCUUUUUUUAUACGAUCUCAAUCAAUUAAGUUAAAAAAUGACAAAAAACUGAAAUUGGGGGGAGAAAUGUAGUAGGAAAUUAGAUAAUUAAGCUUUCUUUGAUUUUUGAUGGUUAAAUUACUCUCAUUAAGUGUGAAAAAUCAAUUACUGCUGCUUUAAUUACUCCAAAAAAUGGAAUCGGCAUUUAAAUUGAUGUCAAUUGAUUAAUCUCUUAUUUGAAGAAAAAUGUAUAACUUAAUAUGUUGUGGUUAUCGCUAAUUUCAUUAAAAUUCUGAUUCUCUGGUUUAAUUGGAGCACAGGCGAAUGUACAAAGCAAUGCCAGAGGCUAAAUAGCAUUGCGUGUUAUUUUUAUAUGGACAGCAAAAGAUGUGUAGUGACUUAAGAAAAAUGUAAAAAUCAUAGCAGAACUGCUGCAACAAUUAAGAGGCGUCGAUCCAGAAGAGGAGAUGAUUUCAAAAUAGAUUUAUGAAUUUUCGAUAAGACCAUUUAUUUGGAAUAAUCAUUGAACUCAUCUUCUGUUCUCCAUCACCUCAUCUUUCAGAAAAUUGUGUGCAUUAAUUACUCGUAAACAGUCAUAAUAGUUCGAUCUAGAGAUAAUAAGUACGAACAUAUGUAUUUUACGCAGAAUAAUGGAACAAAAAUCGUUGAAAAAUAAUCGAGGAAUGAAAGGGAAAAGAAUUUUUUUGUCUAGAUUAGCUGUAAAAACUACAGAAGUAAAAAACAUUGAUGAGGUUAUUUGUACUAGAAGAUGGAAUUAAAGUCGUGAUGUCUUAAUUCAAAUGAAGCAGUAGGAACUAAUUGAAAUAGGGUAGAUGAACCCCAAGAUUAUCUUCUCAAUUGAUAACUCGAAAUGUUUUAUAAACAUUGAUAUUCAAUUUCUUCUUCGCUUUGUAAAAAUACCAAUUUAUUUAUAUACAUUACAAAAAUGCUACUGGCACUCAUCCAAGUGAAAACAAAUAUGAAAGAAAAAAAUGUAAUUAAAUUGAUUAAUAUUAUUAAUAUUUUUCCAUGAAAUAUUCAUCAAAUUUCAUGAUUAGCUUUAAUUUAUUUUGAAAUCAUCCAAUGAAAGACAGAAAUCAAUUUAUUUGUUUCAUAAAUUUUCUUGCAACGGUACUGACUUAUAUAUUAAUUAAAAAUGUAUGUGUAUAAGAAUAUUUAUUAUUUUUACUUCAUUUAAAUGAAUUUUGAAGCGAUAAAUGAUUUGAAUGAAAUAUCAAUUUUCACGUUCAUUAAUCACUGUUAAGAAUCAGUAAAUUAAUAAUCGAUUGAUAUUUUCAAAAUGGACGCAAAUCAGUAGAUGCAGUUUUGAAUUUUUUAUAAUUUGUUAUUUAAUGUAAUUGAUAAUAUAAAUUGUUUACUUUAUCUACAAAAAGAAACCAGUUCUUAGGAAUCAAUUAUUUUCUCUCGGUAUUACUAACGCAUAAGGAAUCUAAUCUAAUCGAAUCACAUCGUAAAUUAAAGAUUUUUUAUGGAAUUCAAGAGAAUCGUGUACAGGUGUUUAUUUAUUUAGUUACCUUAUACAUUCAUUACUAUUAUUCAUCAUGAAUGAUUGAAAGAUUUUUUGAGGGGGUUGGGGGGGGGGGGGACGAAUGGAACUAGUGGGAAAUUUUGUGAGCUUCAAAAAUGGUCUCUUGAUAUUUUUUUAUCCAGCGGUUUUAAAUAUAUUUGCAAAAUAGUUGGAGAGGUAUUUUUGAAACUUCAGGAUUUUUCAUAUUAUUUGGCGAAUUUUUCAAAAAUUAUUCGCGAAAAUCUGUUUAGGGAAAAAACGCCAGGGGAUUCUGUUCAGUAGAAAUUUCAGUUUCAGCAAAAAUAGUCACUUGACAUUUUUGCCAACAGAUUUCAAGAUGUUGGAAGAAUAAUAUAACAAUCGAUUAUUUUCAAGAGUAUCGUCGAGGGUUGCUUGCGAUAACACUUAGAAUUAUCCUAGAAAAUCACUUAACAAUUGUGUAUGCAAUAAUAUAAUUGAGUGUCGGUCGAAAUUAUCGAAGAUACUAACGCAAUUGUUACGAAGAUUUUCCAUGAAACAUUCAUGUAAUUGAGAAAUGAAUGAAAUAUAAAUUAGAAAUGGUCGUAGAUGAGAUUGAAUAACGAUAGGGAAUAGUCUGUAAAUAAACGAGAAAUCUUGAGGGUAAGGAUUGUCUUAGGAGAUGAAUUGGCAGAUGACAAUUAAUAAAAUAAUUUAAUGAUAUUAGUGUUAAGGGGAUGCAACAGAGAUUAAUCAAUAAUUUCAGUGGUAAACAAUCGCAAAUAUUCUCUCACAACAAUCCUCGUGGUUCGAUUAAGAUCGUAGUGAGGUAGUGGAGUUUCGAGGAACAAGGAGAGUGACUAUUUUUAUUGUUCGUGUAAUUAUCAUUGAGGGAGAAUGACUUCUGAUCAAUUAUCGGGGUGUCUUGAUAUUAUUUUGUACUUAAUGAUUGGGGUGAAUACGAGAGGAUAAAUAGUUCAUAAUGAAGUACGUGAAGAUGUGUGGUGUACAUGGCAAUGAUAAAUAUGUAUAUUUUCAGCAGUAAUAAAGAGAAUUAAUGGUUA